AUGGUUGAUCUAAUCCUUUCAAUGGUUGUCCAAUUUACUCCAGUAUGUUACGAGGUCUUGGUUAGAAUUUGACAUAAAUUUAAGAGUAACACUAGAAAACACGUUCGCCAAUUAUAAGUGUUUUUUUCGACGUACUGGCGUGUUUGUCGUAAAAACUGAAUGCGCACCGUCGCUUACUGACGUUGGGUUCAUCAAAGUUGUUGCCUUAAAGUGCACCAAGUUUCGAAUGUCAGUGCCAAGUCUGAAAUUCACACAGAUACUUACUGUGUGUCCUGGUCAUAAGACGUAAUGGUCGCGCGAGCUGCUUUGCAGUGGCUAACCAGGCAUUUAAGUAGUAAGCCCAAAUACGCCCUAUGACGUCGGCAGCAUCAUUUAGCUUCCUUUUUUCAUACACAACUUCUCGUACACGAUAACAGUCCGGAACCAAACUGCGGACAUAUGCAUCGUCGCCGUUGUCGCCUUGCAUGCGUGCAUGGCGUGGGCCGGAAAUAUGCAAACUUUACUGUUGAACUUGCUCAAAAGACUGCAUUUUAUCGCGCAUCGACCACGCAGCGUAGCUCAUCAUCAACUACUGAAAUGAGGAAUUUUCACAGUUUUGUAACACCUGUCCUCUCAGUAUGCAUAUGAUGUCGACAUUAGUGGAAACCAAUAUCUUUAGCCAAAAUAGGCGUCAUCAAGGAGACUAUUCGAGAAACGACUGGAUGUGGGUUUUAAAGUUGAUUGGCAAGAGAGGUUUAAUCAGGAUCAACCGCCGUUAUGAGAAUUGUUGAUCCAUGAAUAAAGCGCGACAGUUAUCCUAAAAAGUAUUUCUGGAUUGUCCACAAAAAUCCGAAUAAUUUUGUGAGGCUUUUCAAGUUAUUAUGAAAAUACCGAUUCGCGGAAUCUGCAUCGCCUUCAAAGACAUCUGUGCGAGUGAUUACGACGAUGACGUUCGACUUGAUGACCACGAUGACGCAGAGGAUGUUGAUGGGGCUGUCGAGCAGGAAGAAGAAGAAGAAUGAGAAAUGCUGCGGCUGAUUUACCGGUGACGUUUGUUUACCUGAACUGGGUUAAUCAAUAAUCUAUGGUAAUACUCUCAUUUUUUUCAAUAAAACCUCGGCAGCCCGAUGUAGGUAUAGAGGGACACUGUUGGUGUCCACAUAGCAGCAUGCGCCGAAAAAAAGAAACAGCUGGCCAAUAUUUUCGAAAUAUUUUCAGAUAAAAUGUAUGGGCAAAGAGGAAGAAGAAGAAGAAGAAGAAGAAGAAGAAGAAGAAGAUGAUGAUGAUGAUGAUGAUGAUGAUGAUGAUGAUGAUGAUGAUGAUGAUGAUGAUGAUGAUGAUGAUGAUGAUGAUGAUGAUGAUGAUGAUGAUGAUGAUGAUGAUGAUGAUGAUGAUGCCUGA